GAUGAGGGACCGGGGAAAAAGAACUUACGGAGCCGAUGGAAAUUGAAAAUGCCCGGAAGACUGCGAGUAACGGAGCAGAAGCUGAACGAGCGGGUGGCCUAGGGUUCGCUUUCCUCCUCCCUCGCAUUCGCCGCCCGGAGCCCAUUUCAGGGAAUUAACAAUGGGAAGUAGAUCAGACUCAGAUAUUGAUGAUGAUUUUAAAGAGCUUUACAAAGAAUACACAGGGCCAACUGGAUCUGCAACUGUUAAUACGGAGGAUAAUGCCAAAACCAAGAAAAGGUCCCAUGCUGGUUCCGAUGAGGAAGAGGAACCCCGAGACCCAAAUGCAGUUCCUACUGACUUCACUAGCCGAGAGGCAAAGGUUUGGGAAGCUAAAUCAAAAGCUACUGAGAGGAACUGGAAGAAGAAGAAAGAAGAAGAGAUGAUCUGUAAAAUAUGUGGCGAUCCUGGUCACUUUACUCAGGGUUGCCCUUCUACUCUGGGAGCCAACCGCAAGUCUCAAGAUUUCUUUGAGCGAGUCCCUGCCAGGGAUAGUCAUGUGAGAGCACUUUUCACGGAGAAAGUAGUGCAGAAGAUUGAGAAGGAUAUUGGCUGUAAACUCCGACUUGAGGAGAAAUUUUUGAUUGUUAGUGGCAAGGAUAGGUUAAUUUUGAACAAAGGGGUUGAUGCGGUGCACAAAAUGAUCAAGGAUGGAGGCGAUCAGAGGGGUCCAUCUGGUAGUCGUACAUCCAGAUCUAGGUCACCCAUCCGUAGCCCUGUUGGUGACAGGUUUAGACGCUCCGACUCUCAGAGGUUUAAUCGUGGUCCUCCAAAUGCAUCGCAGUUUCAACCAAAGUUUAAUAAGCAGGAAAAAGUUGUUGAAGGCCGUAUUCGUGAGGAUUUGCAAAGAUUUAAUAAAGUUUCUUCUCCACAAGCUUACGGUAAUGAUAGGUCUAGAAGUCAUUCCAGCCGUUCAAAAUCUCCAGCACAUCCUCCAUACAGGGGCAACUCCUAUAAUUCUUACAAUGGUCAUAGUCAGACCAUGAGUGUUCAUAGAAGUGAUGGUGAGAGAAGAGCACCUGGUGUUCAAUCUGGGCGUCAUCCUGAAUUGCCACAGUUCCCACAGACAUUAGAAGAAUUGGAGAUGGAGUAUAAGCGUGAGGCAAUGGAUCUCGAGAGAAUCAGGGAUAAAGAAGAAGAUGAAGAGAAUUACAAACACCGUGAGGCUAUCCGGGAAAUAAGGGAGAAUUAUAUGAAGCAACUCUCCACUGUAAGGAGUUCACAUGCAAGACAGUUUGAGGAAUUCCUUCAUAUUGAUGCCGAGAGGGGUCAGGUGCAGGCCCAUCAGCAAAUGUCUGGCCCUGGUUUUGGUGGGUAUAAGCAGCAAGGUUAUUCCGAUUAUGAUGGCCCGCCAAACCCUCAGUAUGCUAUCCAAAUGGAUCCGAGGAAUGGCCCCUUGAACCCAAUGGAAAAUUACCAUUCAAGGCCUCAUGGUAAUUAUGGCGAUUUUCAACGUCAAAGACGUGAUGGUUACGGGAAAAAUUACGGGCGGUAUUAACUUGUACUCUUGAGGUCAGAUUUGGAUAUUGCCUGCAUCUUUGGUCGGGUAGUUCUUAUGCACAGUGGGAGACUUGUUCUAGGUAAGGACUAUCUGAAAAUUGGUGAGUUUCUCCCAUGUUGAUCACAUUCAAAAUGGUUUGUUGCUCGACCCUGUUUAGAAUUGGUGUGAAGAAGAGAGUAAUAUGCAGAGUAAGUUCGGAUUCAAGUCAUUUCAGAUUUUCUUCUGUGAUGUACUGCAAUUGUAUUUCUUCUCGCUUGGUCGUUCCCUUCGGCUCUCUGUUCUUGCUUCACCUUCUUUUCCGCAUGUGGUCUCUGCCUUUCCAAGGUGUGAUGUUUGGUAGUAUGAUGGAAAUAUAUUCCAUUCCAUUCCAUUCCUGUUCCUUUUCUGUUCCCCUGUGCCAGGCUUGACAUUAAAAAGGAAAGCUUAGUCAAAUUUAAAUGGGAGUGCUAUCGAAUAAUAAUAUUAUAUGAUACGUACACUUGCAUCA